AUGCGUAGCCCCAGCGAGGACGUUUUCCGCGCCCCGGAGUCGGGGGAGAAGGAGUUGGUGGAGAACAUCAACAGUCGCCGCAAAAAGUUCGAGCUCUAUCAGUCCGAGUCGCACAAGAUGAAGUCGCUCAUGAUGAACAGCGCCGGCAUCCGUAGCGACCUCGUUACUGACAAGAGGAAAGCGCUGAACCCAAUUUGGAUCAACUUUCCUACAAAAUGCGUCCGCCCCAUCGCAUCCGUGGCGGAGAUGAAGGAGAAGCUCGACUACUUCUCCAAGACGGAUGACGUAAUGGUGGUGCGGUAUCACCAAAACAACUGCACCGCGUGCAACGCUGUGUCCAAGGUCUUCGAGAUGCUUUGCCACCAAUCCGCCACCCACACACCAGGGCUUAGGUUCUACGAUGUCAACCGUAACGACGUGCCAGAUUUGACCAAGGGCUUGGUGCGCUUUCCGCAAAUCAAGGGGUACAGCGGUGGGCAGUGGACAGACAUUGACUUCAAGCCUCCGACAGCGUUUCGUGAGGAGCUGUACGCCGCCAUUGAGAAGGAAGUGAAGCGGCUCAAGAACGAAGGCAAGCCCGUGACAGCGCUGCAAGCGGAGGAGAUGUACUUCUCCGGCGCCGGUCCGGCGAUGUUGGAGAUUACAGAGGAGCAGCUGAUGAAGUUCUAUUGCAAGGCACAGGUGCGACUCCACAACUAUUGGAAGCAGGUGUCGAUGCGCCGCACCUGGUUCUACCGCAGGUUCAUUGAGCCCGAGGUGGAGGAGCGCGUCAUGGAUGAGUGGCGUGCCCGGUCUGUCUUCGGCGAGAAGGUCGUGUACGGUCCGCAGCCGCUAGACGAGUUUGCGUAG